AUGGAGGGCAGGGGCUGGCCCGACGGAGAGGCGGGUUGUUUUAACUUGCAGAUGAGCCGAUGGGCACCACCCGGGCUGGUGCUGCUCCGGUAGCGAUUUGCUUAGCAUUGCGCUAACAGUCAACAGGCUAAUCUCUCUCAUUAGCUCUCUCUCUCCACCGCUCCACUCACAAACACAAGUGGCCCAUUAACCAGCUAGAGCAUCCCUCGCUCUCCUUGCCGCCUCCCGCUUUGAUGCCUUUUUGAUAAGAGCAAGGAUAAUGAGGAUAAUCAUAACAUCGAUGAUAAUUCACUAUCCAGCGCAGCGGCAACACGCUAAUCGCCUAAAAGCACUUCCUGUGUACUCCUCAGAUGGAUGCUCUUCGGACGUUCUUUUUUUAAAUUAUUUUUUUUACACACACACACUCCGUUGAUAUUUAAAUGUGCGUGGCUGGUGGAGGAGUGUGUGUGAUCUAAAGGAUGCUGGUGCUCUCUAGCACCCCUGGUCCGGUGGUGGUGCAGCAGUCUACACACAAUACUACAUAAUGACAAAGUAAAAACAGGUUUUUAGACAUUUUUGCAAAUGUAUUACAAAUAAAAAAUGGAAAUAUCACAUUUACAUAAGUAUUCAGACCCUUUACUCAGUACUUUGUUGAAGCACCUUGUCACGGUUUCGGCCGAGGCUGCUCCUCCUCCUGGUUCGGGCAGGCUUCGGCGGUCGUCGUCCCCGGAGUACUAGCUGCCACCGAUCUAUGUUUCAUGUUCGUUUGGUUUGGUCUUAAUGUUGUACACCUGUGUCUAGUUAGUCCUCGUUAGUGUUCUAUUUAGUUCUCGUUGUGUGUGUCUGUGUUUGUGUGUGAUUGCGCUUCUGUUACGUGUUGGAGCUACUAUUUCCCUCCAGUGUUUUGGAGUGGUUACUUUGCACAUGUUUUGUGCGCCGUUUAUUUAGUCGCCUGUGUGCGCCUAGUAUUCGCCUUCAGGCUUUUGUGCUUUUGUUUUGUGUGAAUUUUGCACUAAAGCCUUUGGACUGAGCCUCUGCGUCCUGCGCUUGAUUCAUACACCACACCCACCUUCAGCACCUUAUGACAGAAUCACACACCAUAAUGGAAUCAGCAGGAUCGGCAGAGACGCCUGUAUCGCUGGGGGAGCGUCUAGUCCAUUUGAGACAGGGGAGGAGGAGCGCGCAGGCGUUCGCUCUAGAGUACCGGACUCUAGCGGCGGAUGCAGGGUGGAAUGAGCGGGCUCUCAUCGACCAUUUUCGAUGUAGCCUACGAGAGGACGUUCAACGUGAGUUGGCCUGCAGGGAUACCCAUCUUACCUUCGACCAGUUGGUCGAUAUGUCCAUCCGUCUGGACACCCUGCUGGCCACCCAUGGAUGUCCUGAGGGGAGUCCGUCCAUUCCGCCCUCCGGCGCCUCCGAGCCGAGCCCUAUGGAGCUCGGGGGUGCCGGCGCUAGAGAACGGAGUAGGAGGAGCCCGAGGGGGCCUGUCUCCUGCACCAAGUGCGGUCGUGGAGGGCACACUGCGGCCAGGUGCUGGGGAGGGUUCUCCGGGGGAGAAGACAACAGGCCACGCACUGGGGGGGCCUCCCAGGUGAGUAGACGUCCCACUUACCCAGAGCUUUCUGUUGCGCACUUUUGUAUACCUGUUUGUUUUCCACAGGUUGCACCUCAUUCCCAGCAUAAGGCGCUCGUAGAUUCAGGCGCAGCUGGGAAUUUUGUUGAUCGGAAGUUUUGUUUUGAGUUAGGGAUCCCUCUCCUACCUGUUGACAAACCUUUUCCCGUUCAUGCCUUAGAUAGCCGCCCGUUGGGGUCGGGGUUGAUCAGGGAGAUCACAGCGCCACUUCGGAUGUGUGCGCAGGGGGGUCAUGAGGAGACUAUACAGCUGUAUCUGAUCGACUCUCCUGCGUACCCAGUGGUGCUGGGGAUUCCCUGGUUAAGCACCCACAACCCUGCUAUUUCGUGGCAACAGAGGGCUCUCGAUGGGUGGUCUGCUCAGUGCGAGGGGCGAUGUCUGGGUGUUUCCGUGGGGGCGACUUCGGUGGAGAGUCCAAACCAAGUGCCCGCACUGCACAUUCCGCCUGAAUAUGGGGAUUUAGCUCUCGUGUUUAGCAAAGAUAGGGCGACGCAGUUGCCUCUUCAUAGACAGGGGGAUUGUGCGAUUGAUCUCCAGGCAGGAGCAGCACUCCCACGGAGCCAUGUGUAUCCUUUGUCUCAAGAGGAGAGAAAAGCUAAGGAGACUUACAUAGCCGAAUCUUUGAGACAGGGAUACAUUCGGCCCUCCACUUCUCCCGCCUCCUCUAGCUUCUUUUUUGUGAAAAAGAAAGAUGGAGGGUUGCGCCCGUGCAUUGAUUACCGUGGUCUCAAUCAGAUUACUGUGAAAUACAGUUAUCCACUCCCUCUGAUUGCGACCAUGACGGAGUCAUUGCAUGGAGCGCGGUUUUUCACAAAACUGGAUCUCAGGAGCGCGUAUAGCUUGGUGCGCAUUAGGGAGGGUGACGAAUGGAAGACAGCGUUUAGUACCACGUCAGGUCAUUUCGAAUAUCUCGUCAUGCCAUAUGGGUUGAUGAAUGCUCCAUCAGUCUUCCAAUCCUUCGUUGAUGACAUUUUCCGGGAUAUGCAGGGACAAGGGGUGGUUGUGUACAUUGAUGACAUUCUGGUGUACUCGUCUACCCGAGCCGAGCAUAUAACCCUGGUGCGUCGUGUGUUGAGGCUGGUAUAGGGGCCGUUCUCUCUCAAGGGUCCGGCACGCCACCUAAACUCCGCCCCUGUGCUUUUUACUCUAAGAAGCUCAGCCCGGCGGAGCGUAACUAUGACGUUGGGGACAGGGAGCUGUUAGCUGUAGUUCAAGCCCUUAAGGUGUGGAGGCAUUGGCUUGAGGGGGCUCAACACCCUUUCCUCAUUUUGACUGACCAUCGGAACCUGGAGUACAUCCGGGCAGCGAGGAGACUGAACCCUCGCCAGGCUCGAUGGAGUAUGUUUCUCACCAGGUUCGUAUUUAAAAUCACGUACAUCCCUGGGUCCCAGAAUGGUAAGGCAGAUGCGCUGUCCCGGCGGUAUGACACGGAGGAGAGGUCAGUUGAGCCCACUCCCAUACUACCGGAGUCUUUCCUUGUGGCACCGGUGGUGUGGGAGGUCGAUGCCGAAAUCGAGCGAGCGUUGCGUACCGACCCCAGCCCUCCACAGUGUCCUGAGGGUCGGAAGUACGUUCCGCUCGAGAUUCGGGAUCGACUCAUUUACUGGGCUCACACGUCACCCUCCUCUGGACAUUCGGGUAUCGGCCGGACAGUGCAUUGCCUUAGCACUAAAUACUGGUGGCCCACUUUGGCUAGGGAUGUGAGGGUUUAUGUCUCCUCCUGCUCGGUGUGCGCCCAGUGUAAGGCGCCCUGACAUCUGCCCAGGGGUAAGUUACAGCCCCUACCCGUUCCACAACGACCAUGGUCCCACCUCUCGGUGGAUUUUGUAACAGACCUUCCCCUCUCUCAGGGGAAUACCACCAUCCUGGUCGUUGUGGACCGGUUCUCUAAGGCCUGUCGUCUUCUCCCUAUGUUGGGUCUUCCUACUGCCCUACAGACUGCUGAGGCCCUAUUUACCCACGUCUUCCGGCAUUACGGGGUCCCCGAGGAUAUAGUGUCUGAUCGAGGCCCCCAGUUUACCUCCCGGGUGUGGAGAGCGUUUAUGGAGCGUUUGGGGGUCUCGGUUAGCCUUACCUCGGGGUACCACCCGGAGAGUAACGGGCAGGUAGAACGUGUCAACCAGGAUGUGGGUAGGUUUCUGAGGUCGUAUUGCCAGGACCGGCCUGAGGAGUGGGCGCGUUACAUUCCCUGGGCCGAGAUGGCCCAGAAUUCUCUCCGCCACUCCUCUACCAACCUAACCCCUUUCCAAUGUGUAUUAGGUUACCAGCCGGUUCUGGCACCGUGGCAGCAGAGCCAGAUCGAGGCCCCUGCGGUGGAUGAUUGGAUGAGGCGCUUGGAAGAGACGUGGAACGCUGCCCACGUCCACCUACAGCGGGCCGUCCGCCGUCACAAGGCGAGCGCCGAUCUCCACCGCAGUGAGGGGCCGGUGUACGCACCCGGAGAUCGAGUCUGGCUCUCUACCAGAAACCUACCCCUCCGCCUGCCCUGCCGGAAGCUGGGUCGGCGGUUUGUGGGGCCCUUUAAAGUCCUGAGAAGAUUGAACGAGGUGUGUUAUAAGUUACAUCUACCUGUUGAAUAUAAGAAUAUUAACCCCUCGUUCCAUGUGUCUCUUCUCAGGCCGGUGGUAGCUGGUCCACUCCAGGACAAUGAGAUAGGAGAGACUCCUCCGCCCCCAUUGGACAUCGAGGGGGCUCCGGCGUACACCGUUCGGUCCAUCUUGGACUCCAGACGCCGGAUGGGGGGUCUCCAGUAUCUCGUGGAGUGGGAGGGGUACGGCCCGGAGGAGCGGUGCUGGGUGCCGCGGAGGGACAUCCUAGACCCAUCUCUCCUGUCGGAGUUCCACCGGGACCAUCCCGCGCGCCCUGCUCCGCGUCCUCCUGGUCGUCCCCGAGGCCGGGGUCGGCGCACGGCUGGAGCCGCGCGUCAAGGGGGGGGUACUGUCACGGUUUCGGCCGAGGCUGCUCCUCCUCCUGGUUCGGGCAGGCUUCGGCGGUCGUCGUCCCCGGAGUACUAGCUGCCACCGAUCUAUGUUUCAUGUUCGUUUGGUUUGGUCUUAAUGUUGUACACCUGUGUCUAGUUAGUCCUCGUUAGUGUUCUAUUUAGUUCUCGUUGUGUGUGUCUGUGUUUGUGUGUGAUUGCGCUUCUGUUACGUGUUGGAGCUACUAUUUCCCUCCAGUGUUUUGGAGUGGUUACUUUGCACAUGUUUUGUGCGCCGUUUAUUUCGUCGCCUGUGUGCGCCUAGUAUUCGCCUUCAGGCUUUUGUGCUUUUGUUUUGUGUGAAUUUUGCACUAAAGCCUUUGGACUGAGCCUCUGCGUCCUGCGCUUGAUUCAUACACCACACCCACCUUCAGCACCUUAUGACACACCUUUGGCAGCGAUUACAGCUUCGAGGCUUCUUGGGUGUGACGCUACAAGCUUGGCACACCUGUAUUUGGGGAGUUUCUCCCAUUCUUCUCGGCAGAUCCUCUCCAGCUCUGUCAGGUUGGAUGGGGAUCGUUGCUACACAGCUAUUUUCAGGUCUCUCCAGAGAUAUUCGAUUGGGUUCAAGUCCGGGUUCUGGUUGGGCCACUCAAGGACAUUCAGAGACUUGUCCCGAAGCCACUCCUGCGUUGUCUUGGCUGUGUGCUUAGGGUUGUUGUCCUGUUGGAAGGUGAACCUUCACCCCAGUCUGAGGUCCUGAGCGCUCUGGAGCAGGUUUUCAUCAAUGCUCUCUUUACUUUGCUCCGUUCAUCUUUCCCUCAAUCCUGACUAGUCUCCCAGUCCCUGCCGCUGAAAAACCUCUCCACAGCAUGAUGCGGCCACCACCAUGCUUCACCGUAGGGAUUGUGCCAGGUUUCCUCCAGACAUGACACUUGCAUUCAGGCCAAAGAGUUCAAUCUUGGUUUCAUCAGACCAGAGAAUCUUGUUUCUCAUGGUCUGAGAGUCCUUUAGGUGCCUUUUGGUAAACUCCAAGCGGGCUGUCAUGUGCCUUUUUACUGAGGAGUGGCUUCUGUCUGGCCACUCUACCAUAAAGGCCUGAUUGGUGGAGUGCUGCAGAGAUGGUUGUCCUUCAUGAAGGUCGGCCCAUCUCCACAGAGGAAAGAGGAACUCUGGAGCGCUAUCAAAGUGACCAUCAGGUUCUUGUCACCUCCCUGACCAAGGCCCUUCUCCCCCGAUUGCUCAGUUUGGUCGGGCGGCCAGCUCUAGAAAGAGUCUUGGUGGUUCCAAACUUCUUCCAUUUAAGAAUGAUGGAGGCCACUGUGUUGUUGGGGACCUUCAAUGCUGCAGACAUUUUUUGGUACCCUUCCCCAGAUCUGUGCCUCGAAACAAUCCUUUCUCUGAGCUCUACGGACAAUUCCUUCGACCUCAUGGCUUGCUUUUUGCUGUGACAUGCACUGUCAACUGUGGGACCUUAAAUAGACAGGUGUGUGCCUUUCCAAAUCAUGUCCAAUCAAUUGAAUUUACCACAGGUGGACUCCAAUCAAGUUGUGGAAACCUCUCAAGGAUGAUCAAUGGAAACAGGAUGGAUCUGAGCUCAAUGUCGAGUCUCAUAGCAAAGGGUCUGAAUACUUAUGGAAAUAAUAUUAUUUGUUUUAUUUUUAUUUUAGCAAAAAUGUCUAAAACCCUGUUUUCGCUUUGUCAUUAUGGGGUAUUGUGUGUAGAUUGAUGAGUGGAAAAAUGAUUUUAUCCAUUUUAGAAUAAGGCUGUAACGUAACAAAAUGUGGUGAAAAGUCAAGGGGUCUGAAUACUUUCCGAAUACACUGUCUAUGCCUCAGCAGCCAGCUAUAAGUUUACUGUAAGUGUAAUAUAUAAGCUAUGUGUGUUGGUCAGAGAGGGAAGGGAGGAAGGGAAGGUACCUGGUUGCCUGCAGUAGGACACACACUGUUUCUACACCAAACAUUACCUCUCCGCCACACCUGUUUGAACACAAUCUAGCCUACACACAAAAGCUUUCUUUGCCACACCUAACGUGUGCUUGAAGAAAGAGCCCGUGUAGGGUGGCACACCUGUAUUUGGUUAGGAGUUGGACCAGUAACCGAAACGUUGCUAGUUCGAAUCCCAGAGGCGACCAAGGUGAAAAAUCUGUCUGUGCCCUUGAGGUCUUAACCGUAAUUGCUCCUGGGUCGUCGUUGAUCAUGGCUGACCCUGACCGUGACCCCACUCUCCGGUGGAGUCUCGGGAGUUGGGAUAUAAAAAAAAUAACAUUUACAAUUCACACAUGCGUAUGUACAUGUAUUGUAUUGUAUUGUAUUAUAUAACUAGAAUUAGAAUAAUCAUUCUAUUUCCAUGAUUCCAACAGUUCACCCAAGUGUUUUGCUCUAAAUCACAAGUCAAAUUGCAAUUGCAACAUUUGGUAAAAUAAGGCCUAGAUAUUGUGCAGCCCUACGUGGCAGUGUGGAAAUGAUCUCAAAUGAGUGCAGGAAAUGCAGAAAUUGAUGAAAAUACAGAAAAAACAUUGUGAUUAAGUUUAAUUUAAUAGUAUAAAACAUUCAGAAUGGAGAAAGACUCAUUGAAAUCACUUAAAAUGUAUGUGUUGCCACCCUAGGGUCACACACUACUCAUAAAGCAAAUGUAGAAGUUUUUAUUAUUCAAAAACAUAAAAUACCGUCAAAUACCGCUAAAAAAAUUUUUCAUACUGUGUGAUGAUAUUUUGGCCAUAUUGCCCAGCACUAUGUACAUGUGUGAAAUAGGACAAAUAUAAGAACCCACCAAAUUAUUAUUAUUAUUAUGAUGUGAUGCCAAUGUCUCAUAUGCACUUAAAAAACAGACAAACACGCACCUACACAGUGGUUAUUGAGCUUGGGCACCUACACAGUGGUUAUUGAGCUUGGGCACCUACACAGUGGUUAUUGAGCUUGGGCACCUACACAGUGGUUAUUGAGCUUGGGCACCUACACAGUGGUUAUUGAGCUUGGGCACCUACACAGUGGUUAUUGAGCUUGGGCACCUACACAGUGGUUAUUGAGCUUGGGCACCUACACAGUGGUUAUUGAGCUUGGGCACCUACACAGUGGUUAUUGAGCUUGGGCACCUACACAGUGGUUAUUGAGCUUGGGCACCUACACAGUGGUUAUUGAGCUUGGGCACCUACACAGUGGUUAUUGAGCUUGGGCACCUACACAGUGGUUAUUGAGCUUGGGCACCUACACAGUGGUUAUUGAGCUUGGGCACCUACACAGUGGUUAUUGAGCUUGGGCACCUACACAGUGGUUAUUGAGCUUGGGCACCUACACAGUGGUUAUUGAGCUUGGGCACCUACACAGUGGUUAUUGAGCUUGGGCACCUACACAGUGGUUAUUGAGCUUGGGCACCUACACAGUGGUUAUUGAGCUUGGGCACCUACACAGUGGUUAUUGAGCUUGGGCACCUACACAGUGGUUAUUGAGCUUGGGCACCUACACAGUGGUUAUUGAGCUUGGGCACCUACACAGUGGUUAUUGAGGCACCUACACAGUGGUUAUUGAGGCACCUACACAGUGGUUAUUGAGGCACCUACACAGUGGUUAUUGAGGCACCUACACAGUGGUUAUUGAGGCACCUACACAGUGGUUAUUGAGGCACCUACACAGUGGUUAUUGAGGCACCUACACAGUGGUUAUUGAGGCACCUACACAGUGGUUAUUGAGGCACCUACACAGUGGUUAUUGAGGCACCUACACAGUGGUUAUUGAGCUUGGGCACCUACACAGUGGUUAUUGAGCUUGGGCACCUACACAGUGGUUAUUGAGGCACCUACACAGUGGUUAUUGAGCUUGGGCACCUACACAGUGGUUAUUGAGCUUGGGCACCUACACAGUGGUUAUUGAGCUUGGGCACCUACACAGUGGUUAUUGAGCUUGGAUCAAAAUUAUAGGCUAGUUGUAGACGAAUAUAACAAGUGACAUAAAUGGAGACAACAACUGUGAUUGGUUCCUACAAGCCCUAUACAAUACAUAUCAGCAGAAGAGAGGCUAGAGCAGGUUGCACUCUAGUCUAAAGUGCUGCCUGUUACUACAGGUAUGUUUAUGUUGUAUUAAAGAUGCAGUCCAGGAUCUUAAGCACUUACAGAUUCUUAACAUAUUGUCCGAAUUUGUAGAAAGAAAAAAUUGGGGAACCAGUUUUCGGGAACCCGUUUUGGCUCGUGAGCACUACUUUGAAAACUACUGGCUGAAAUGAUACAAACGUUUUGGUGCAGCACCACUCCUGUCUUCUCCAGAGGCUACAGAGCUGUCUGUCUGGCUUGAUUUAUUCCUCUCAUUCAGACCAGACAGAGCAGGAGUGGCACCCAGCCUCCCAUGUGGAAAUACGGGGGAUGUAUUUGUGUUGUGGUUCUGUACAUGGAGCUCUUUCUCUUUAACACAAAAGGGCAGUUCUCUCGCUGUCUGACAUGUCUGAUUGCUCUACUUUACCCUGAGUUAUGAUUCAUCUUCAUCCUCAGCUAGCCUGCUACUGGAGAUCUGACUUAUUUAUUAAUUUACUGUUUCCAUGGCUCUUUACUGCUUGUUUUUCCCUCUCUUUCCUACUACCCUCUCUCUCUUUUCUACUACCCUCUCUCUUUUCUACUACCCUCUGUCUCUUUUCUACUACCCUCUCUCGCUCUCUUUCAUACUACCCUCUCUCUCUUUUCUACUACCCUCUCUCUUUUCUACUACCCUCUCUCUUUUCUACUACCCUCUCUCUUUUCUACUACCCUCUCUCUCUUUUCUACUACCCUCUCUCUCUCUUUUCUACUACCCUCUCUCUCUCUUUUCUACUACCCUCUCGCUCUCUCUUUUCUACUACCCUCUCUCUCUCUUUUCUACUACCCUCUCUGUCUCUUCUGUCUCGAAACGUUGCUAGUUCGAAUCCCCGAGCCGACCAAGGUGAAAAAUCUGUCUGUGCCCUUGAGGUCUUAACCUCUGUCUCUUUUCUACUACCCUCUCUCUCUUUUCUACUACCCUCUCUCUCUUUUCUACUACCCUCGCUCUCUUUCCUACUACCCUCUGUCUGUCUCUAUCAUUGUAAAAAGGACUCUCUUGAUGUUAGGCUAUAUGCACUCAUUAUCUCCUUUCUUCCUGUCUGCCAUUGUCUCUACUAUCUGUUCUCAUAGAUCCUUGCCCUCGCCACUCCUUCAGGUGUUGUGUGUUCUCUUUGAACAUGGCAGUGUCCUUAGGCCCUCGCCCUUCUCCUCCUCGGGGUGGGUUACUCUAAACCCUGACAGUGAGUACCCAACCCCAGACCUAGAGAUGAGAUGAGUGGCUGGGGAUUUCCUGGUGUACAUCACAUCCCUGACCUCUUUUCUGCUCCUAGCAUCCCUCCAUCCCCAUCGCUACGCUCCCUCCUCUCUUCUCUUUCACUCUAUGCCCUCCCUCUCCCGUCUCCCCCUCUUUCUCCUGCUUUCUCUCAGUCCAGAGCAGAGCUUGACCCAAUUCCUCUUUAACAACAACAACAGCGAAAGGAUGGGCCCCAGCCGCCCUCCACCCCUCUGUCUCUCAGUGUCCCUCAACCCCCACCCCAAGCAUCAGCCUCGGCCCAGAUAUAACCCAGACCACCCGAGCCCAGCACCACUCUAGUCACAACCCACCCCAUCCCCAGCCUCAGCCCCACCUCAAGCCCAAGCAGCAUCACCCCAGCACCACCUCAGCCACAACCUGCCUAGACUGGGACGAUUGGUGGUGCCCCACAGACUGUAAGGUUGCCAAAAGCCGAAUGCUGAUUUGGUUGUUGGUUACAGUUGACAGACACGGCCCAGCCUAGAUGGAUAACUUAUUUUCCCAUUUACUCUCUUUCUCUCUCUUUCUCUUGUUGGGAGGAUUUCUGCUCUUAAUUGAAGUGACAGCAGCAGGGUUGUCAUGGUGACACUGGGGACAUAGAUUAAAGCUUAUUGUGAGCGGGGAGAGGAUGAGAGGGGGAGAGGAGGAGGAGAGGGGUGAUGUCUCUUGCUGGCUGCCUGCUGUGUUCUUGGUUGGCCUCAUUGACCAUCAUGCAGUGCUCUACACACUAGCAGAUCUGUUGUAUGAUUUGCUGCAGCUGCAUUCACAUAAUUGGACUAUAUAGCCUAUAUUUUUUUGCUGGUUUUAUGAAGUAGAAGUAGCUACUGAAUGUGUGCGAACAUUCUAGAGAAGGACUGAACUAUGUGAGACUACUUCCUGGGGAGGGAGGAAUGGAUGGAGGGAGAGGGAGAGAGAGGGUCUGAGUCUGUCAGGACAGGCCUACUGAACAUUGUGUAGCCUAGCUUCACUUUACAUUGAUUUUAGCUGUUUUUUGGAGGCCAGAUGAUCACUAUCCUGGCUAAUCACCACUAUUUAUAUUGACUUGGUUGAAUUCCUCAGUGCUUUUGAAUACCGAAAGGAGGACAGGCAGGAAUGUAAGUUGAAUUCCUCUCAUCUCAAGGCCCUCUGGUAUCAGGUGGGUUGAGCUAAGCUAAGUAGUGGUCCUGACUCCUAGAUGAUUGCAGGGCAGGGGCGGCUCUGUAUUUGAGAGCUGUCCACUCAAGACCGUGUAAGAAGGAAGGAUGCCCUCCUCUCUCUCCCCCUCCUUUAGUCAUGAGAGGAUUUUGCAGAUGGUUUCAUGCUCAUUGGCGUCUAACAAGCAGGUGGUCUGAGAUGAGGUGGGCGGAGAGGAGAGCAGUCUGGAGAGACUGGAGUCGUCUCCGACACUUUAGAGGUCCUCCUCAAAGGCUUGAGAGGGAGAGAGGAGGGGAGGGGAGGGGAGGAUAGCCCCUCCACCAUCAGCUUGCGUGUGAGAGGGGGCAGAAAGGAGGAGGAGAGUGGAUAGCCUCUCCAUUUCGCCCUGCGUGUGAGAGGAGCGAGAGAGAGAGACGGAGACAUACAGGACAGACAGACCGACGGGGGUGGUGGACCCUGCCCAUGCCCAUGCCUGCCCUCGGGCCAACCUUAGACAAACACGUUGAUUGCUUGGAAGAGCACAUCUUUUCAAUGUGUCACAUCCAUUUAUUUCACGUUUCCAGUCAUGUUGGGAAAGCAGCUCCCUCCUCAUUCCCCAGCGUAACUGCUGUGAUUGUAUCGCUGUGUGAAGGAAAAUACUAUGUUUCCAUGUAGCCACUAUCUCUAUGUAGCUACUGUCUCUGUGUAGCCACUAUCUCUAUGUAGCUACUGUCUCUGUGUACUGUAGCCACUGCCUUUAUGUUCCCCCUCCACUAGUGUGUCCUCUCUUGCAGUUGUUUUCUAACCAACUCUUAACCAUUUCUUUCCUGUCCUCUCUUCUCUCUACAGACCUACCUGGUUUAAUGGGUCCAAUCAUCGGGAUGUCGCCGGAUAAGAAAGCGGAAACGCCGGGCAUGCAGGAAGAGAGGGUGGGGCUUAGGGGCGUAUGCGGGGGGGCGGGGACUCUCCCGGAGGCUGAGUGCGGUGCAGCCAGCCCAUUGGCCACCUGUCUGGACCGGGGUUCCGGUGGCUCCGAGGAUGAGGAGCUCACCAACCUCAACUGGCUCCAUGAGAACCUGCUCCAGAACUUUACCCUAGGGGGGCCCGGGGGGGCCCAACCCAGCGCCAGCCCACUCUUUGACAUCGAGGGUGACCCCGGAGCCCCUCAGAACCCAUCUUCUUCAUCCUCUUACUCCUCGUCGCAGAGGGACUCGUUGAAGUCCAAGCCUCCAUUCUCAUUCUCUCUGUUGAUCUACAUGGCCAUAGAGCAGAGCCCCAGUAAGAGCCUGCCGGUGAAGGACAUCUAUGGUUGGAUCCUACAGCACUUCCCCUACUUCUCCUCGGCCCCCACCGGCUGGAAGAACAGCGUCAGACACAACCUGUCACUCAACAAGUGCUUCCGCAAGGUGGAGAGGAGCCUGGGAAAGGUGAGGGAACUAUGAGAUGCAUUCACACACACACACACACACUUUGUUUGUUUACCUUGCAAGGAGCUGGCAGUGGUUAGGUUGUGGGUUUGAUAUCCGCAAAGGUCACACAAACACAUUAUGUAAAAAAUGCAAAGUUCUCAUGCUGACACUGUAGGGUCAAAUCAAAUUUUGUUUGUCACAUACACGUGUUUAGCAGAUGUUAUUGCGGGUGUAGCGAAAUGCUUGUGCUUCUAGCUCCGACAGUGCAGUAAUAUCUAACAAGUAAUAUCUAACAAUUUCACAACAUAUACCCAAUACACACAAAUCUAAGUAAGGAAUGGAAUUUAAGAAUAUAUACAUAUAUAUAUGGACAAGCAAUGACAGAGCGGCAUGGACUAAGAUACAGUAGAAUAUUAUAGAAUACUGUAUAUACAUAUGAGAUGAGUAAUGCAAGAUAUGUAAACAUUAUUAAAGUGGCCAGUGAUUUCAAUAGGCAGCAGCAGCCUCUAAUGUGCUAGUGAUGGCUAUUUAACAGUCUGAUGGCCUUGAGAUAGAAGCUGUUUUUCAUUCUCUCGGUCCCAGCUUUGAUGCACCUGUACUGACCUCGCCUUCUGGAUGAUAGCGGGGUGAACAGGCAGUGGCUCGGGUGGUUGAUGUCCUUGAUGAUCUAUUUGUCCUUCCUGUGACAUCGGGUGCUGUAGGUGUCCUGGUGGGCGGGUAGUUUGACCCCGGUAAUGCGUUCGGCAGACCACACCACCCUCUGGAGAGCCCUGCGGUUGCGGGCGGUGCAGUUGCCAUACCAGGCGGUGAUACAGCCCGACAGGAUACUCUCAAUUUUGCAUCUGUAAAAGUUUGUGAGGGUUUUAGGUGCCAAGCCAAAUUUCUUCAGCUUCCUGAGGUUGAAGAGGCUCUGUUGCACAUUCUUCACCACACUGUCUACGUGGGUGGACCAUAUCAGUUUGUCAGUGAUGUGUACGCCAAGGAACUUGAAGCUUUUCACCUUUUCCACUGCGGUCCCGUCGAUGUGGAUAGGGGGGGUGCACCCUCUGCUGUUUCCUGAAGUCCACGAUCAUCUCCUUUUGUUUUGUUGACAUUGAGUGAGGUUAUUUUCCUGGCACCACACUCCAAGAGCCCUCACCCCUCCUCCCUGUAAGCUGUCUCAUCAUUGUUGGUAAUCAAGCCUACUACUGUUGUGUCUUCUGCAAACUUGAUGAUUGAGUUGGAGGCGUGCUUGGCCAUGCAGUCAUGGGUGAACAGGGAGUACAGGAGGGGGCUGAGCAUGCACCCCUGUGGGGCCCCAGUGUUGAGGAUCAGCGAAGUGGAGAUGUUGUUUUCUACCUUCACCACCUGGGGGGUGGCCCGUCAGGAAGUCCAGGACCCAUUUGCACAGGGCGGGGUUCAGACCCAGGGCCUCGAGCAUAAUCAUGAGCUUGGAGGGUACUAUGGUGUUGAAUGCUGAGCUAUAGUCAAUGAAAAGCAUUCUUACAUAGGUAUUCCUCUUGUCCAGAUGGGAUAGGGCAGUGUGAUGGCGAUAGCAUCGUCUGUGGAUCUGUUGGGGCGGUAAGCAAAUUGAAGUGGGUCUAGGGUGACAGGUAAGGUAGAGGUGAUAUGAUCCUUGACUAGUUUCUCAAAGCUCUUCAUGAUGACAGAGGUGAGUGCUACGGGGCGAUAGUCAUUUAUUUCAGUUACCUUUGCUUUCUUGGGUACAUGAACAAUGGUGGCCAACUUGAAGCAUGUGGGGACAGCAGACUGGGAGAGUGAGAGAUAGAAUAUGUCCGUAAACACACCAGCCAGCUGGUCUGCGCAUGCUCUGAGGACGCGGCUAGGUAUGCCGUCUGGGCCGGCAGCCUUGCAGGGGUUAACGUGCUUAAAUGUCUUACUCACGUUGGUGAGAUUGAGACGAUGACAUCAUUCAGUGGGUUUGAAGUGGUCUUCUAAUGGGGUUCAAAUUAGCUCAAAGUUUCCUGCCCCAUUGAGAUUAUUGGCUGUGUUAAGGUGUCAUGAAGAAUCAUUAGAGCUCUUCACUGACAUUUUGUAGUGGCAGAGGCAGUAGUGACAUUGACAAUGUGUUCAAACUGUUUGACUGACAGUGUUAACUGUACACCUUCGACUGUGUGUGCAUGUGCUUGUAUAGUAUUUGCAGCUGUCUGUGUGGCUCAUGGACUGUGGCAGGGCCAGGGUUUUAAACCACCCUGAGGCCCCCUGACGUGUGUGUGCGUGUUUGUGUGUGUGUGUCAGGGCCAGUGUAGUGCAGCACCCUGCCUGCGGCCCCCUGUGUUCCUCCCCUCCCUGUGAUAAGGCUGGGUGUAUACCAGUCAAGGUCAUAGACCCUCCUUCAGAGGAAAUGCAAACACAGCACUAAGAUAGGGCGCUAUCUCCCAACACACCACACACACUGCAACUGUAGAGCCACGACCAGGCAGAGAGGACACACACACACACACACACACUGCAACUGUAGCGCCAGGCAGAGGACAAGCCCAGGGCUGAAGACCUGACCUACACAAACACAGAGAGAGGGAGAGAGACAAGUCUGUUAAAGAAAGGGUAGAGAAGGGAAACGAAAGGACAGAAAGUGAGGGAGAAGAGUAGAGCAUAUAGGAAAGAGACAUUGUUUCUGUAGUUGUGUUGGACACUGGUUCAAGCUCAGCUCGCGGCAGACAAGUCAGUUGUUUCUGUAGUUGUGUUGGACACUGGUUCAAGCUCAGCUCGGGGCAGACAAGUCAGUUGUUUCUGUAGUUGUGUUGGACACUGGUUCAAGCUCAGCUCGCGGCAGACAAGUCAGUUGUUUCUGUAGUUGUGUUGGACACUGGUUCAAGCUCAGCUCGGGGCAGACAAGUCAGUUGUUUCUGUAGUUGUGUUGGACACUGGUUCAAGCUUAGCUCGGGGCAGACAAGUCAGUUGUUUCUGUAGUUGUGUUGGACACUGGUUCAAGCUCAGCUCGGGGCAGACAAGUCAGUUGUUUCUGUAGUUGUGUUGGACACUGGUUCAAGCUCAGCUCGGGGCAGACAGGGAAUAUAACUAUACUGUUACAAUCAGCUCAGUGGCUGGCUAGCAACUAGUUUGCUAGGAGGGGCUGAUGACUAGCUAUAAGUAGAAAUUAGCUUAGCGGCAGCAUUACUGUAGCACAGUGCAUCACAAUGCAGGUAGGCUCAGUGUGCUGGUUCUCAGUGUGAGCCCACCCGUCUGCUGAGCUGAGCUUAGAGAGCGCAGCAGAGAGAGAAGCACUGGUUUCAGAUGACACACACUGCCUGGUGGUUUGUGUUGCCAUGGUGACAUUUCCUCCUUCCUGCCUACGAGCCGGCUGGUAAUCUGAGUCAAGGUUAUCCCUCCUCCUCUCUCCUUCCUCUCCUCCCUCGCUCCCUCCCCCCUCCUUCUCCUGGACAGAACACCAGCGAUAGAUAAUGAGAGAACCGUUUACACACUUUAUAUCUCUCUCUCUCUCUCUCACACAUACACACACACACACACACACACACACACACACACACACACACACGAAAAAAUAUGUUUUUCUUGUCAAAACAUCAUGGAGACGUGUGUUGUCUCAGUGGUAGGUCAUGAAUCUGCAUAUGGGAUAUGACAAUGUCUUCACACGUCUUUGGCUUCAAUAGUGAGAGGUUCUACAAAGGCAAGUCACAUGGACAGGACUGUAAAAAGCUCAACGCAGUCCAACCCUGUAAUAAGUCAUUUAAGGAUGGUGUGGAUUGUUUAUCGACUGUUUUCCUCCCAUCAUGCAGUUCACCCAGCAGGGUCUGGAUUGGUAAUCACAUGCUCAGGUGACUACAUUAUGAGUCAUUAUGGCAGCUAGAGCAACUAAAGUCCUGGUGAGACUACAGUGAGACUUAGGGCUGGGCCAUAUAUUGUAUUUUAAGGUAUAACGGUAUGGAUCAACAUACCGGUAUGGAUUUUUACAAUAACAAUAUUUUGAUACAGUGCUAAACAAAUGAAAAGUUCUACAAAUUUGACUACUUUACUGUCAAGUUUGUCCUAGUUUGGUUGAGUAUAAAACAAUCCGAAUGGAGAAAGCCUAUUAAAACCACUUAGAAUUAAUUUGUUGAUAUCCUAGGGUCUAAAACAUAUUUAGAACUUGUAUUAUUCAGAAACAUAAAAUACCGCUUUACCGUCAAAAAUGAGAAUAUCCUGAUAUAUUAUUUUGGCCAUAUCGCCCAGCCCUAGUCAGACUACAGGGAGACUACCAUGAGAGUCAGCCAUGCAGGCAAAAAAGUUAUAGGUGUUUGCCGUCAAAAAUCCUAGUCAUGAUGAGUACUUUACCAAAGCGUCUCUUGAUACUACAGUGAGAUGCUAUAUGAAUUUAUCCAAUAAGAAAUGCUCAGUUUUGAAACAUUUUGCUACGGUGUGCCCCAAUGACCGCCACUCAGGUCAUUCUUGCUGUACUUUCUAAUGUAGUAUGUGAUGUUUUUUUCAGGUGAAUGGUAAGGGUUCUCUGUGGUGUGUGGACCCAGAGUACAGGCCUAACCUGAUCCAGGCCUUGAAGAAGCAGCACUUCCCUGCAGCUCAUACCUUCUGCACACCGCCCGCCUCCCCACCCAGUGCCUCCUCACCCCCCAGACACCUCUUUCUGCAGGGCUGCUCCUUCAAAGGUGAGUCCUAUGUUUUUUGUUAAUUUCGUGCAAUUCUACGCAUUUUCCCAUGAGGUUAAAGAAAAUGUUGCAGUUUUAAAGCAAGUUUGCUGCAAUUCUAAACAUUUGGCCAUGGAGCGGAGAGAAGAUUCUGCAAUUGUAUAACUAAUUUCAUGCAAUUCAACUCAUUUUGCAAUUCUACUCAAAUAUGUUUUGGGGGGGGGGGAUUUAUUUCGAGGGGCUUAAAAAGGGGGGCCGCCGCCAGUUGCCCAUCCCUGAUCUAGAAAUAUGAUUGAGAUUAGAUUUGAUCCAGUUUCAGCAUUCGCUGCAUGUGAUUUCAAGUUCACAUGGUUGUUGCCAUUUUCAUCAUGCAACAUUGGCUGCAAGACCAUCCACUCAUCUUCAACUGUCAUUUUAGUCAUUAUUUGAUUUCUAACCAUAGAUGCCUCAAUGUAGAUUCUUCCAAUCUGUAUCCUCCACCUCUCUCUCUCCCUCUAUCUAUCUGUCUCUCUAACUCUCUCUCUCCCCUACCCUCUUGUUUGGUAACCUUGACUACAGAGGCCCUGGUGAUGCUGAUAGAGUGUAGAGCAGAGCACUCAGUCUCCACUCUAGUUGAUUAUAAAUAAUUUAGAGCCCCUGAAGUGUGGUAUGAGGAAAGCUAGGAAACCUCUCUUCCUUUAGUCCCUCUACAGCCUCCUUGGCCAGCCAGCCGGCCACACACACACACACACAUGCACACACACACACACACACACACACUCAUGCUAUUCCACUGACCACCAUGCAUGUUCUCUCCUCUUCCAGAGUCUGACAUAGAUGCUGCCACUGCCAUGAUGCUCUUAAACUCUGCCCCUGAUCAUCACCACGCCGACCCAUGUAAGAGACUCCACCCCACACCAUGCCUCUUCCACUUCUCUGCUUCUCUCUGUCUACACCUUUUCACUACUACUCUCCCCCCUUUCUCUCUCUCCCACUUUCUCUGUCUCUCUUGCACUUUGUCUCUCUCCCACUUUCUCUCUCUCUCUCUCCCACUUUCUCUCUCUCUCUCUCCCACUUUCUCUCUCUCUCUCUCCCACUUUCUCUCUCUCUCUCUCCCACUUUCUCUCUCUCUCUCCCACUUUCUCUCUGUCUACACCUUUACAUUACUACUCUCCCCCUUUCUCUCUGUCUCUCGGUCAUUCACCCAUUUCACGCUUUCGUCUUUUAUUGCUUUUGCAUCACUCACCCAGCAUCUAUCCACCCCUUGUAAAACAUCUCCCAGUGUCUCUCCAUUGUUUACUAUGUACACUCAACAGCACAGUUGAAGUCACACAUAUUCCCGUUCCAAGCCAGACAAUGUUGCAUAUAGAAAUAUCUUCCUGUGAAUAAGUGGUGUAUUUCAUUUCCCUUUUCCCCCAUGCCUCUGCUGUUGUCAUUAAUUGUUAUGAAUCUUAAUUGCUGUUAUCUGCUGAACACACGGACACUCCCUAGCCUGCUGAACACACGGACACUCCCUAGCCUGCUGAACACACGGACACUCCCUAGCCUGCUGAACACACGGACACUCCCUAGCCUGCUGAACACACGGACACUCCCUAGCCUGCUGAACACACGGACACUCCCUAGCCUGCUGAACACACGGACACUCCCUAGCCUGCUGAACACACGGACACUCCCUAGCCUGCUGAACACACGGACACUCCCUAGCCUGCUGAACACACGGACACUCCCUAGCCUGCUGAACACACGGACACUCCCUAGCCUGCUGAACACACGGACACCACUCCCCUAGCCUGCUGAACCACUGACACUCCCUAGCCUGCUGAACACACGGACACUCCCUAGCCUGCUGAACACACGGACACUCCCUAGCCCACCGCCUAUUUGAUUAAAAACACUUUACUCUCUUUAUCACAUAAGCUACUCCUACUACCCUGUUGCAUUCAGAAACACUGUUUCUUUAGUGUGAAGAUGAUUUCCUCCUCAAUCUCUCUCCCUCUCCUUACUCCCCCUCUCCUCUCCUUACAUCCUCAUCUCUCUCUUCUUUCCCUCCCUCUCCCAGGUGAUCCAGACAGUCCCCUGGACCUGUCCCGGCCAGACAUGGUCCUGGUGAGCAGCGAUCCUAAGCAGGACCACAACUACAGCAGCAUGGCCCUGCAGCGCUGCUCCUCCCGCUCCUCCUCCUCCUCCUCCCUCUCCUCCCUGGACGAAGGAGGCCCAGGCCACGCCAUGCCCCGCCCACGCCGUUCCGGCAGCGAGGGUUUCCAUAGCGACGAGGACUCCGACCUCGGGGACCGGGACGAGAGGGGUGGCCACCCCCGGCCUGCUCCUCGCCGCCCCUCCCCCUCUUCCUCCUCGGUGAAGCGCCCGGCGGGUAAGAGGGCGCAUAGGGAGGUGACAGCCAAGCCGGAGCUGGAUGAGGAGCUGAAGGAGGCGGCCGGGUCUCUGCUUCACCUGGCUGGGAUCCGUACCUCCAUGGAGCUCAACAAACGCAGUGCCAAGAGCAAAAAACUGAACAGGAAAUGAGGUCGUCGUACUACCUUGCUCUCACUGCCCUCGCCCUCAGACUCCCGCCCCUGUAACCCCUGAUCUGAUUGUGUGUCCUACUGAUAGGUCCAGGUUGUGCCUCCUCCUCCUUUUCUGAUUGCUGAUUGGCUGAUUUUGAGCCAGUUUUUUGGUUUGACACAUGAUGGGAUGGGAAAUCCCUCCCUAUCCCAACACAACAAAUGGCAAUAGUAUCAUUCACACACAGGAGAAUAAAGCCAUAUUGAGACUUUUGUAACUCGGGCAUGUCAGGUGGGGGGGGGGGGGUUAAGUGGGGUGCUUGGGGACUACUGU